AUGGAAAACACAGAAAAGUAUAUUCCGGUGUGUGAAUGCGAAGGCGAAGAUUUUAUGGAGAUACCGUUGGAGAGCGAUGGUACUCUUUCAACAGCUACACUGAGCGCAUACUUUCCCGGAGUCACAGGUCUCAAGUUCCGUCUCGAUUCAUAUUCACCGUACAGAGCACUUAGACUGUACGACGGUAAAUUCCACGCUCCCGAAGGCAGUUGGGCUGGUCACAAGUUCUACUGUGUCCAUCCCAAGGGCGAUAAGAGAAAACUAGAAGAGACUGACUGCAAACCUUCUAAGGGUUACCACAGUAUGAACUGUACGGAUCUGAUUGUCUUGGGUUUACCUUAUCAACUGUCAGAAACUCAAAUGCGAGAAUAUUUUGUACAAUUCGGAAAACUAGUCAUGGUGCAGAUAAAGCGAGAUGCGUCUGGAAAUUCUAAAGGAUUUGGUUUUAUUCGAUAUGAAGAUUAUAGUUCUCAGGCAAAAGCCCUCGGACAGCGGCAUUAUGUUAAUAAUCGAUGGGUUGAAGUCAAAAUACCUGCCUCAAAAGAAGGAUAUUAUUCCAAAGUACCGCACAAGAUAUUUGUUGGCCGCCUUACUGAAGAUAUUAGUGAACCUGAUUUAAGUAAAUAUUUCUCUCAGUAUGGCGAGAUCACCGAUGUAUUCAUACCAAAACCAUUUAGAGCCUUCGGGUUUGUUACCUUUAACGAUGCCUCUGUAGCACAAAGCCUCUGUGAUGAAGACCAUAUUGUUAAAGGAGUAUCUCUUCAUAUAUCUGAAGCAAAUCCUAAGUCUGACCAAAACAGGGAUAAACAAGUUAGCAACCAACAACAAUAUAUGAGUAGUGUUCUAACAAAUGGAAUGCUCGCUGCAGCACUUAACCAAGUUGCAUAUCAAACACAACCAAUUCCUUACCAAACCCAUCGUACGUAUGGAAAAGUACAAGACUGGAAACGCCGGGAUCAUACGAAUUCUGAAACUUCGAAUGCAAUUUCUCUAUUUAUUUAG